UUUGCGCUACAAUGUGAUUGCAAACUCUUUCAAAACUCCACACAGCGGAUCAUUUAAAAGUUCCAGACUUAUUCGCGGCAGAGCUCGAGCGUUUUUGAUAUAUUUCAGGACGCGUAUGCGCUCUUGCUUCACCAUUUGUUUUUAUCUUUAUGAUCUGCGUCUAACCUCAAAGUUCUCGCGAGUCAAAACAUCGCUGUCUAUUACGUCGUAAGUGCGGUGUGGAUAAUUAAAAGCGUCAGCAUCGAUGGGAAAAUCUAAGAAAACAGCAAUUCCGGACAGAUGGUCUAAUUACAAACCGAUUGGGCAGCGCAUACCCGGUACCAAAAUAGUUGCAUUCAAAGUGCCUUUAGCAGAGGACGUCUGCAAGCGCAAUGUCGAUGAAAAAGAAUGGUUCACGCCGUCGAUACUGGUCGCAACCGAGCCGGGUUUGAAGACGAUCAUCGAUUUGACCAACACAUGGCGCUACUACAAUUGGGAGGAGGAAUUCGGCACCAGGGGCAUCGACCACGUCAAGAUUAUGGUGGAGGGGCGGACUGUGCCCAAACACUCGCAAGUGCAACAAUUCUUUAGUGCGGUGGACAGGCAUUUGGAAAAACACGCAGACGACGAAGACGCUCUCAUCGGAGUUCACUGCACGCAUGGUCUAAAUAGGACGGGUUACUUUAUCUGCAGGUGGAUGGUCGAACGUUUGAAGAUCCAUGUAGACGACGCGAUCAAUAGAUUCGAAGUCGCCCGUGGACACCCGAUCGAACGCAAAUACUUGCUUAAGGCUUUAAGGAACGGGGAUUCGUCAACGAGAAAGUUGCCGCCAUCAUCGCGACAACGUAGGGUUCACCGAAGUUCCGUGGUCAAUUGGAGGACCGAACCGAGGACAAACUUCGAAAAACCAUCCGUCCCGUCGCAGAAGAAUAAAAACCACCACAAAACUGUAGAUUGACGACUAUUUAAAUUGUAUUAUGGGCAAUGGCGUCGGGGUAAAAUUAAAUGAACGGGCCAUGGA